UGACGAUCCGUCACUGACUGAUCUCGGUGAUCUGUGCUCCUCCACCAGAAGACCUCCGGCCGUGGGAGCUCCGAGGGGACACAAAUACAGACGAUACAGAGCCGCGGGAGCUGCGGAAGGACGGAGACACAGAAGACCUCCAGCUGAAGAGACUGGAAGGACAGACACGGAGGAAAUCCAGCCGCGAAAGCUCCUGGAGGACUCAAACGUAGACCUUCAGAGGAAAUCCAGCUGUGGGCAGCCUGACGGCAGCAGAGCGCUGUGCUCAGUGGGGCUGCAUGCGGCCGAGGACGCCCUCCAUGCAGCGUGCCCCGCCGCUCCGAGGCCGUGGGACCGCCUGAUCCACUCCUCUGCUGCUCCGCCUGCAUCUUCUGUGAGGAUGCCAGACGCUGGGAACCAGUCAUGUCUGACGGGAGCAGAGGACACCGUGUCCCUCUUGGUGUGUUUGUUUCACGCGUGGGAGGACUGGGCGGGGCUCGGUCAUACGGAGGACUACCUCAGCGUUCUGGAGUACCUGCUGUGGGUCUUCACCCCGCUCGCCAUCGUCUUCAUCUUGCCCUUCCUCAUUGUCAUCCUCCUCUACCUCUCCAUCCUCUUCCUGCAUGUCUACAAGAGGAAGAAUCAGCUGAGGGAAGCUUACAGCAACAACCUGUGGGACGGAGCCAGGAAGACUCUGGCGACGCUGUGGGACGGACACGGCGCCAUAUGGCACGGCUACGAGAUCCACGGGAUGGAGAAGAUCCCGGACAAAGGACCGGCUCUGAUAGUUUACUAUCACGGCGCCAUUCCCAUCGACUACUACUACUUCCUGGCCAACGUGAUCAUCCAGAAAGGACGGACCUGCCACUCUGUGGCCGACCACUUCCUCUUUAAGAUCCCCGGCUUUAAGCUGCUGCUGGAGGUGUUCAGUGUGAUCCACGGCCCUCAGGAGGAGUGUGUGCGCGCCCUGAAGAACGGCCACCUGCUGGGGAUUUCUCCCGGAGGAGUGCGGGAAGCCCUGUUCAGCGAUGAAACCUACCCUCUCCUCUGGGGCAAACGCAAAGGGUUUGCUCAGGUUGCCAUUGACUCUCGAGUGCCAGUAAUUCCAAUGUUUACCCAGAACGUGCGGGAAGGCUUCAGAUCUCUGGGAACUCUCAGGUUUUUCCGUUGGGUGUAUGAGAGGUUUCGUCUCCCCGCAGCGCCGGUUUAUGGUGGAUUUCCUGUGAAGUUUCGAACUUUCCUGGGCGACCCCAUCCCCUACGACCCCGACGUCACGGCCCCAGAGCUCGCCGAGAAAGUGCAGCAGGCGGUGCAGUCUCUGAUCGACCGGCACCAGCGGGUCCCGGGGAGCAUCCUGAGGGCGCUGCUGGAGCGGUUCCGGUCCAGACACCACAAAGCGCCCUGAACCUGCGGCCACAAGAGGACGGCGGGCGGCGGGGCGCCGUGCGCACGUUCGGAGGCUACGUGCACACCAUGUUCUUCACCGCUCUCUGAACUCGAGCGACGGCAGCGGCUCUCCUGUUCGCUGCGCUGGUUCGUGUCGUCGUUUCUUUCAUUCCAGAAGGAAGCUGAUGAAGCUACUGUACGUCUGAACGUUACAGAUUCAUUCCUGGAAGGAUGUUUUCUUUUUCCCAGCGCUCGUGAAGUGUGGAGCAACUGGUUAAUCUUCUUAUCGGUACGUCUGCGUCAGGAGGUUUUAAUGAAGAAUAUAUUGAGUUUAUUUUCAGCAGUGCUGUCACCCGUGAUGGUUUGCUUUAAACGAGCGUGUGUGUUUGUGUGAGUGUGUGUGUGUGUGUGUGUGGUGUCACGCAGAGGGGCAGCGAGCUCCUUCCUGUCUCCGCACAAUUUAAAGGAAAUGACGCCCCGGUUCGUGGACCCAGGUUGAUGAUGAAGGUCACUAGUUACUGCAGAUCUCCUGUUACCUCAGUGGAGUCGCUCUUCGCCGUUCUCUUUCUCUUCACACUCGUUCUGGUUACUGUCGUCGCUCUCCUUCUGAAGAUGUCCUCAAACCUUGCACACACUGAGCGGUGAGCAGCUACUUUAGAGGAAGACGGGCUGGUUAGUGUUAAACAGUGAGCUCAGUUAGCGGAGCGGAGACGUUAUUCCUGGAAUCCGGAGCUCAGGACGUCUCAGACACCGCGAGUAGAAACGCAGACAGCAGAUCCUGCCAGGCGUAAAACAAGCGAGCACAGAGUGACAGACGCUGCGGUCAGCCCGGCAUGGAGGAACGGAAGUGAGAUUCUGGUUUGUGUGGGACCAUGAUGCUGCUCACCACAGAGUACUGAUACCUCAUGAGUGUGUGUCCUGUGAAGAGCUAUUAAUCGAUGAGUGUUAUCGGCAGAGAAGAGCGCCGCACGAAGACGAACUGGAGCGGCUGAAGUUCACAUUAUGGACCUGAAGCAAGUUUAAACGUGGAUCUUUAGAGCUGCCGUGGCUUCUAAUCAGUGUAUGCAGAGACGUCCUGAUCUGAUCCGUGGUUAUCGACUGUCUUCAUAUUUCCCUAGUUGGAAGUGAAGCAGUGGUUUUCUGCCCCCUGGGGGGCAACAGCAGGAGGCUGAGCCUCCUCUCAGCAGGAGCAAAUGACACUUCUCUUUAUUGAGUACAAGAGAGAAGUAGUGGAGGGUGAAGCUGUAAAUACUGACCUCUGUCUAAGCUCCGCCUCCCUCUCAGAUCCUGUUGCUGAUGCCCAGGUCUUCAGGUCCGGCAGCAGGCGGGUACAGUUAUGACGGUCCUGGAUCAUUGUUGAAGACAGAUGUUUCACAUUAAAAGCAUUUAACGAUGUUGAGUAUUGUGUGUUCAGGAUGUUACUGGAGGUUUUGCCAGCGAAGCGUUCGGACCAGCAGGACUGUGAGCUGAUCGCCGCUCACUCCGCUCUUUUACUUUGUCAGAUUUAAAUAUUUGUGCCGUUACUGCAGUGAAUUCUGUCGCCGUGCUCACAACGUGCAUUUCACUUGACCUUUUUCCCUUUUCACAUUGUGUUGUUGUGGAAAUGCCAAAAUGAGUUACUGCAGUGAUUCAGGUGGGAGGUGUGGAGCGUGACGUGCGGGAGGACACCAGACAAGCCAUCUUUAUUCUCAGAGCUCAUUUUUACACACCUGAAGAUGGAACAGCCUCUUUAUCCUCAUGUUAUCUUUAAAUAACUACUGAACUCAGUGGCUUCGGCCCAGAAGGCGGUCCUGGCUGUCCUUUAGGCUUUAAACAGUUCUGUUUAUCAACUGGUGUUUUUUUCACCCUCGCUUCCUGAAUUGAGAUAAUUUUCAUAAAUUGUAAAGGUUCAAACACCAAGCAUCAAACCAAACAUCUCCCACUUCUUUCUAAAUCUGUGUGCUGCUUUAAUUCUGACACACUGAUCAAAUUUCAGCUUUCACAAGAUGUGAGAGCCCGUUUUGAUCCUGUACUCUCUCCGGAAAGUAAAAUAUAUCGUCUCAUCGGGCAUUCAGUAAAGCCUCAAAGAUUUUUAGUUAUUCUUUCAGACUGGGAAGAGUCUUUUUUAGGUUUUACCAUGUUGUUUUUUUUUUUUUUUCAAUUUAAAAGUAUUUAUCAAAUAAAAAAAAUGUCUUGUUUAAAGACAUGGAAGCAUAAGUGAAUCUAAAUGUCAUUAUGAGGCCAGGACAUGUUGGUAACUAAAGUUAGUAUCGGAGGAUCCUUUUGCACGCUGGUUUUUGAUGCCAUCACAUGAUUCUGACUCGGAGCAGAGCAGUCAAACCACCAACCUCCACUUUUUAUUAUUCUCACUAGAAUCUCCAUCCUCAUGGUUCUGUUUCCACAUGGAGAAACUCAAAUGAAGAGACAGUAAAGAACACCAGAACAGUCUGGACUGAAGCAAAGAGACUGACUGUGUGUGUGUGUGUGUGCGUGUGUGUGUGUGUGUGUGUGUGUGUGCGUGUGUGUGAGAGAGAGAGAGACAGAGAGAAAAAACACUUCAAAGCAUGCCGUCUUGUGGUAUUUCUGAUCUCGGUGUGUGUUGGUUUGGUGCCCUGCAUGUGUGUGUGUGUGUGUGUGUGUGUGUCAGUAGCCAUUGUGAAGCCAUCGUUUCUGGACGUGCAGUGCUCUGUCAGCGGUGUUGUAACUAAACAUCUGGAACAUUCUGUUACCAUUCAGACGUUUAGACUCUUCCUCAGUCAGCGCUUGUUCUUUAUUCUCAUGAACUACGUGAAUCUACAACGUAAACAGUCCGGAAAAGAAAAAGAAAAUUGAAUAUGUGCGAACGUUUGACUGGCAGCAUCAUGUUGCAGUGUGAAUAUUCAGAUCCAGUGGCACGAGGCUCGUGGCCUCUUGGAAAUGUCUGAUUUAUCUUAAUAUAUUAAUAUGAUGAAUUAAUCUGCAUCAAAGCCCCAGUAUCUUUAACUCAGUGACAGUUUUCAUGUUUUAAAAGUGAUAAUUACGGCUUCCUGGUUUGAGUCUGAAAUGUUCUAUUAACUAUUGAAAUGGUUAAAAUUGUGGAAAAUAAACACUAACUUCCAACUUUAGGAUGUUUCACUGUCUUAGUUAAAAUAAAUGAACUUUUCCUGUUUUGUUUUUUUUGUUGUACUUUGGUCACUUUUUGGUUUGAUGUAGCUCGGUUCACAUUUUUAACUUGUCGUGCAGAAAACAGAACGUUCCUGAGCUUCCCCUCCGCUGUGUAUUUCUAUCUCUUUGCAUGUUAAGUCUGUAAAUCCGAUGGUUCAAAGCGUCGCUGCCGACUCAGUUUUUUGAUCUCUAACGAAGCCUUUGUGAGACUUUCUGUGUAACUGGAUGCCUUUUUCCAUGUUCAUGUUCAGAUAUCUGACGUGUAUUUUUAAAGUAUGUCGAUAUAAGAUUAAUGUUGCACUUUUAAAUAUGGAGGCCCACUUUAAACUGUUAAUAAAUAUAUUUUAUUAAGAUGU